CACAAUUAGGAAUCGCAAAAUGUGAUGACAUCCGCGUAUGCGAGCAAGUGGUUCUUGCAGUGCUUCUUAGACAAGCUUCCGUUUGGCGUGGUGAUCCGUUUGUGGGACUGUUUUCUUUUGGAAGGCUACACCGUGAUACAGGCCAUAGCCUUAAGCAUAAUCAUAUCAAACAAAAAGCGUCUCAUGAAAGGCGACUUCGAGAAAAUACUCAAUUUUCUCAGUAGCGAGAUGUCGAAUUCCGAAGUGAACACGAAGGCACUUUUCAGGUCUACAACGAAAUAUCUGGCAAUGUUGAAAAAAGUGGACAGGAAGCAAAGUAGACGGAUAAAGAAGUCACAAACAUCUGUCAAGUAGGAAGUGUUCUCUACAGUGCCGAUGUCUCGAAGGAGGAAUUGGCAUUUGCAUUAUGUAGCGAACAUUGGAUAUGUUGAGCAGCGGCACUGCAAAUAAAUAAUAGACUGAUAUCAG